UAUCAUCCAUACAAGUUCAUGAUUUUUCCCCAAGCCAGUUAGUUCUAAAGAUCCAAAUACCUCCUCUCUUUUCUUUUCUUCUUUUGACCAAAAUGGGAAUUCUCAGCCAGAAGAAGGAAGUGCCCUUCAUCAUGAUGGCCACCAUCAUAUACCUUUCUUUCAGCACUCUAUUAUUAUUAGAAGUAGAAGCAUGCCAUCCAGUAGACCUAGAGGCCCUACUGGACUUGAAGAAGAGCAUCACAGAGGAUCCCAACCAGAUGCUCCGGACAUGGACACCCUCCACAGAGUGCUGCGACUCGUGGGAGGGAGUCAGCUGCGACUUACAGCAAAUGGCGCGGGUCAAAGCAGUGACGCUCAUAGGUCUGUACCUGGACAAGCCUAUGUCCGGGACCAUCCCGCCAUCGAUAGGAAACCUGUCUUCCCUCGUUCAGCUCGACCUCACAGGGCUCAAGAACCUGUCGGGUCCCAUCCCGGAUUCCAUUUGCAGGCUCACGAAGCUCCAGUAUCUUGACUUGCAGGGGAACCGAUUCAGCGGAAGAAUCCCAAGCUCUAUUGGGAAUCUUCAAGAACUAAUCUGGUUAAGGCUGAAUGGGAACAGAUUGACUGGCCCUAUUCCUCCAUCAAUAUCAAACUUGAGCUCACUGGGGGUCCUUGAUUUGUCGUGGAAUGCGCUCACGGGGACGAUCCCAACGCCCAUUGGAAACUCCACAGAGAGGCUAACACAACUGAAUCUUAGCAACAACAAUCUGACAGGGAAUCUGCCGGAAUCUAUUGGCCAUCACCCAAACCUCUUCGCUCUAAACCUCAGCAAUAAUCACUUCACGGGAGAAAUCCCAGAGAGUUUCGGAGAUCUUCAAGGACUCAUAAGUUUGGAUCUGUCAAGAAACCAACUCGGAGGCAAAAUCCCUAGCCAACUGGGAAACCUGAAAAAAUUACAAGCUCUUACCCUCUCAUUCAAUGGAAUCAAUGGAGAGAUCCAUUCUUCCAUUGGUAACAUGACCGACUUAUCCUACCUCGACCUAUCAAACAAUCAGUUAGGAGGGAGGAUUCCAAAAUCUCUUGGGAAUUUUAAAUGGUUGAGGACGAUAAUGCUUUCAGGCAACAAGUUCAGCGGUACAAUACCAGAGGAGGUGAUAAAUAUUGAAUCUCUAGAAGUGUUUGAUGUUUCUAGAAAUAGAUUGAGUGGGGAAAUCCCUGCCCACAAAGCAAAUAUUUCCAAGGAAGCGUUUUUGGGGAACCCUGGCUUGUGUGGGUCUCCUCUUCCUCCUUGCAAACUCUAAUGGCUUUGUUUGUUAGUUAGGGCCUAUGGGAUAGAAAUAAUGAGGAAAGAGUUAGAAGGGAAGAGUGUGAGAUAAUGAGAAAAGUAGUAGUGGCAGUAGUAGCAAAUUAGCAAUAAAAUAUUAUAGGAGAAAAGAAUUGGAUUUUCGUGUAUUGUUUCCAUUGGAAGAACAUUUUAAAGUAAUAUUUUAAUAAUAUCUCUCACAUUUGUUUGAUUUUCAUAAACACACCCUCCCUAGACCUCUUGUGGGAUUCAAGUGGGUUGUUGUUGUUGUUAUAAAAAUAAUAGCUCUCACAUAGUUUUUCUAAUAAUCUACUAUGAUUUUC